AUGUCUGCUGAUACUGAAACUCCUGUUGAGAAGGUUGAAGAACCCACUUCCACUCCCUCUACCACCACCCCAGCCAAUGAUGAACCCACCCCGUCGUCUAAUGGAGAAGCUGCUGUCGAGUAUGAUACCAAGCGGGUUUACAUUGGCAAUCUUCCUUUCAGAUCAACUCACAAAGACCUACGUGACCUUUUCGAGGAUUUCCAUAUCAGCUCAUUAAACAUUCCAAAGUCCAAGGUUACACACAGCUCUGGUCGUGUGUUCUUUAAGAAGCUUGGUUAUGCGUUUGCUGAGUUCCCUACUGAAGAGGAUGCUAAGAAGGCAGUUGAAUCUGUCAAUGAGAAGGUGCUUAAUGACCGUCAAUUGAAUGUCCGUUUUGCUCGUGUCCUUGACCGUAAAGCCAGAAAAGAGAAGAGUGCCGCCGCCGCUGCUGCUGCUGCUUCUACUGCUGAAACUAAUGGCAAUGAUCAGAGUUCUACUACUACUACAAGCUCUAAGGAAGGAGGUACUUCUAAGGCAGCUCCUAAGAAGCCUGCUCCUAGAAGAAGACGACCAACCGGUCCCGACUCCACUGAUACGGUAUUCCUUGGUAACUUGCCAGUUGAUACCACUGUUGAAGAACUGGAAGAGUUUUUCAAGCCCCUUUCUCCUGUGGAGGUCAAAUUGGCUAUUAAGAAGCCCCGUAAGGCAAAGAGAAAGGAUGCCGUUAUAACUCUUCCUGGUAGAACUCUAGGCUUCGUCAAGCUUGCUGAUGAAGCUACUCAGAAGAAGGCUAUUGACGAGUAUAAUGGAAAGACUUUCAAGGAUGUUGAGCUUCAAGUCAAGGUUGCCACUCAGUUGGUAGAAGAAGAAGCUGAAGAGGAAGGAGCUGCUGAUGUAUCUUCUGCUGAUGCCACUGACGCCGAUGCUACUUCUGAGGCCGCUUCUGCCCCUGUCUCUGCCGAGAAUUAA